CUCUCUCUCUCUCUCUCUCUCUCUCUCUCUUCAAUGGCUUCGUUUUGUAUGUCUAAGAUCACUCUUCUACUUUUAGCCAUUUUGAGCUUAGCACAUUUCUCAAUGGGGUUUAGUAGAAAACUGAGUGCUUUAGUAGAACCACAGCCCAAUCUCCUCACGUACCACAACGGCCAAGUGCUCCGAGGAGAUAUCCCUGUCUCCAUCUUAUGGUACGGCCAAUUUACUCCAACCCAAAAAUCCAUCAUCUCCGAUUUUCUCCUCUCCCUCACCUCCACCACACAGUCCUCGCCCAACCCUUCUGUGUCCCAGUGGUGGAGCUCCAUAGAACAGCUUUACUUGUCCAAGGCCGGGAAAAGUGGAGGCCCAAACACGGCCCAUGUCGUGUUAGCAAACCAAGUCUCCGAUGAGGGGUGCUCUUUGGGGAGGACCCUUACGAUGGGCCAAAUUUCGGAGCUCGCCGCGAGGGCCCAGCCCAAGAAGGGAGGAGUUGGGCUGGUUUUCACGGCCCAGGACGUGGCGGUCGAGGGGUUCUGCAUGAGCCGGUGUGGGCUCCACGGCUCGGACCCGAGAACCGGGUCGGCGUACGUCUGGGUCGGGAACUCGGCGACCCAGUGCCCGGGCCAGUGCGCGUGGCCCUUCCACCAGCCCACCUACGGCCCACAGACCCCGCCGCUAACGGCGCCUAACGGCGACGUCGGCGUCGACGGCAUGGUGAUCAACCUCGCGAGCAUGUUGGCCGGGGCCGUCACGAAUCCGUUCGGGGACGGGUUCUUCCAGGGGCCCAAGGAGGCGCCGUUGGAGGCCGCGACGGCGUGCGCGGGUGUGUACGGCAAGGGGGCGUAUCCGGGUUACGCUGGGAAUUUACUAGUGGACCCCACCACUGGCGCGAGCUACAACGCUAAUGGAGUCCACGGGAGGAAGUAUCUGGUUCCGGCGCUGUUUGACCCGUCAACGUCUACGUGCUCCACCAUGGUUUAGGAUUGGAUAAAAAGAUAUUAACUAUGUUACAUAUAUAAUUAUAAUUAUAUAUAUAUAUAUAUAUAUAUAUGGUAAAUGUAGAUACUUGUGAGUUAUUAUCCAUGUAAUUCGUUGAUUCGUUAUCUGUUACCCCCCUUGGAAAAGUAAAAUAAAGCGCGUGAAAUUUGUGAUUCGUUUA